CGCAGAGCUCGGCAGUGAUUACUUCACACACACACACACACACACAAAGGAGGAGUUCUCGCUCCUCAGGAAACCCUGCAAGCUCGGAUCGCUACUACAAAAACAUUUGUCUCAGUGGAUUAUCCUCACUGUCAGCAGGAGCCCAGCCAGAAUGAAACUAGUUCACGUAGCCCUGCUCUAUCUCGGCUCUGUGACCUUCUUCGGGGUGGAUGCUGCAAGGGUGGACGUAGCGACAGAGUUCAAAAGAAAAUGGACGAAAUGGGCACUAAGCCGAGCCAAGAGGGACGUGAAGCCUGCGGGAGUGCUCCGAGCGCUGGGGGCAGCAGCCGACGCGCUGCCUCUCAUACGCACUCAGGACGUGAAGGAGGAUUCCCGAGUCUCGCCUCCCAGCAACCGGGGGGAUGCUCACAUCCGCGUCAAGCGCUACCGCCAGAGCAUUAACAGAUUCCCCCACUUCCAAACAAAGGCGUGCCGCUUCGGGACGUGCACGGUGCAUUGGCUGGUCGACGAGCUCCACAGGGCGGCCGUCAACGACAGGAACGAUGCCGCCCCCCCCAACAAGAUCAGCCCCCAGGGCUACGGCCGCCGGCGGCGUUCCCUGCCCGAGCGCCGCAGCCCAGCGCGCUCCCCCCGCUCCGGGCGGCGCCCACGGACGCGCCGAGCGCAGCCCCUCGCCCCCGUCCUCGGAGUCUGAGCGCCGCAAGAGCCGGCCGAGGCCGCCUCGACGGAUGGACUGAGGCACGGGCUGAGAUCCGCCAGGAUUCGCGGAGAGCGCCUGCCCGGGCGGGACCCCGGCGCGCCCUCCGCGGGGGAGCUGAGAAGGGCAGCGGACGCUGCGCCCCCCGCCCGCCACGGACUCUCGCCCUCCCCGGGCCGGGCACCGCCGGCUCCCGCAGCCGCCGCUGCUCCCGCGGGCCCGGGCUCCCGCGCCCCGAGGAGGGGAUGCUCAGGGGGGGACCCGCCGGUGGGCGACGGGCCCCGGCCUCGCCCUCUGUCCCCGAGGGUUGGAGGGUGCGCGGCAGCCGUGGGCAAGGACAGACCGCCCACAUCUGCUCUACCCUCUGCGUUAUGUGCACCCGGCAGGGAAUCGGACACUCAUUAGUCCCUGCGGGGACUGCGAUAUACUUGAACGUCACAGAGAGGAAAAGUGCAAUUGUACGUGGUUUUUGUUAAUUAUAAGUGCGGUGUGUGUGGAUCACGAGAUAUGCAUCGGUAUUUAAGAUUGUUCUGUGUCAUGUCUUUUUUUUUUUUUUUUUGAAAAAUAUAUUUUAUUUUUAUACGGUUUAUAUAUA